AAACAAAGUCGCAAGCGACACCAUAAAUUGCGUAUCUGUUCCACGUGGUUUUGCGGCAUCCAAUACACGGCGAGCAAAGCAAGCGAACAAAGCAAGCAAGCGCGAUGGCAAAGUCGAUUCGGUCCAAGAUCAAGCGGAAGUUCCGCACAAUCAAGCGACAGAAGAUCAAGGCAAAGCAACAAGCUGCGCUCCAAGCUACAAUCAAGGAUGAGAUGAAGACAGAGGCAGACACCGUCGAUCAAACGGCAAGCGAUGCUGCCGCUGCCACCAAGGUUGCGGAGAGCGCCGCGCAGGACGCCAGCAACACCAACACAACAACCACCAAAGACACAGCCGAGGCAUCGAGCAAGGAUGCUGAGAAGGAAGACAGCGCAAUGGAUAUUAGCACGACAGACAAGAAGAGCGGCAAGAAGGACAGUGAGCCCAGCGGCAUGUCAAGGACACAACUGAAGAAGUACCGUGCAGGCCUGUUGCGGAAGAAGAAGGCAGAUAACAUCGCAAAGCAGCGCAAGCGCGAGAAGAAAAACAAGCAGCAGCAGCGCCGCCGCCGCCGCCGUUGAACAGAGAUAGGAGACGUGUGAUGGUGUACAGCUGUCCGCAUGCGUUGUGUUUGUGUGUUGUGUGUUGCGUAUUGAGUGUUGCGUUAUGUUGUCUCGUUGUGUGUACGUGUGUGUGUGUGUGUACGUGUACAUGUGGGUGCGUGUGCGCUACCCUAUGCACCGCACUUCCUUCUCUCUGUCGACGGCCGCACCGCUGUGUGGAAGCGUAUGUGUGAAAGUGUGGGUAUCAUGUCACGUUCCGUCGCCUCAUGGAGACAGAUGUGCUCUUUUUUUCAGUGACACAUGCUCAAGGUGGUGUUGGUUUUGUGUGGUCUUUCUUUGGUGGUCUGCCUGCUCUUUCGAUGUUGACAAUUGCUUUGCCUCAGCCUGUUGUAUUCGAUUGAUCUGUUAUCUCCCGACAUUGUUCGCACGCGUCGAAGUGGGCUCUGUGUGUGUGUGUGUGUGUGUGUGUG